AUGACCAGUGCACAGUCAGCGGCCCAGGGCUUCAUUCGUGGGCUGAAGGCAGCUUCUGACCCUCCUCAUCCCGGUGGUCCACUCAAGAUUGAACUUGCCAGUAAAGCAUGGGAAGAUACCUCUCUGUAUAUUCCGAACAAGGCCGAGGUCAUCGUCGACUGGAUCCUGAUGCGUCUUCUGAAACACAAAUCGAGGGACGCGGACCCAUUACUUGAUGAUCGGUAUUGGCAACUCUUGUCCGAGAUCCUCUCGUGUGAUAGCCUACGAGCGGGCGAGUCCGCUCGUGCCGCGAAGGCGUGGUUAAUACCCCUGCUAAACUGCUUGCCAAUAGCACCAAUCGUCCGAGAUUUCUUCAACAUGUUGUCUUCAACAGAUUCAGAAGUGAAUUUGAAUUUGAACGCGUUGGUUUCGCGUUGUCUGGUUGUCGUAUGGCCUUUAGCGGUGCCCAAAAUCGGUAUUGAGGCUCUCCUCGAGUGUUUCGGCGCCGUGCUUGGCUGGUCGAUUGUGCCCCAUGAAGGGGAAGAGAUGAACGGGCGAAAUGUUGUACAGGCUCAACUCUUGGUUGUUCAAGCCUACCGAGCAGCUCUGGCUAAUGCUGCGAACAAAAAGAAGCUCUAUCCGACCUUCGUGCAGAAUCAUCUCGUGCACUGGUUGACGUGUAUCCAACUUCAAGGAAACGAGACUACGAAACAGCAAGUUCUUGCGUCCGAGAUAUACUCGGCAGGAGUCGAUACCCUCUUCAGCCUUGAAGUGCUGCGGCAAGCAGGAGACCAGCAUUUCGAUGCCGCAUUGAAAGAAGAGUUCACCAAGGGGAUGGCCAAUACACCCGAGACUGUCCUCACUUCUUUCCCUCGUCUCUUCAUGUCCUUCAUGCAGUCUAUCAAAAAGCACAAAAGCGCUCUGUUCGGGCACGGCUCCAACCAAGUACCAGGGGAUAUCACCAAACAGGUACAGGGCGCAGGAAUGGCUUUCUUCGCGUCUUGCGACAAUCUGCUCACAGAAGGAAAAGAGUCGGAGCAGCUCUGGCUAACAAGAAUUGCGUUACUCGCAGUCGUUGAUAGUGAGAACCUCUACAAUGUGAGAGACGAGCAUGCCGUGCAGUUGUUGAAGCGCAGUGGUCAACUUGCCAUAGACGUUCUGGAAUUUGCUUCGGAAUCCCGGAGUAAUCAGCGACUUUUCCAGCGACUUAACUCCGCUAUAGAGCUUCUCUCCACGCUCGCGCGAAUUGACUAUGACAUUAUGUCUCCAGCUUUGCCCGCAAUACUGCCGAAACUCGUAGCAAUCUCUGAAUGCAUGCCAUCGGUCUUGAUUUACCUAGGUUUACUUCUCGAUUAUCAUGCGAAAACUCGAACCAUGCCGUCCUUCAUCGUCUAUUGGCUCGAUGCAUUCUCAAUACACCACAUCCAGGCUGUCGGGCAGCAACCCCGCACGGUGUAUCAUGACACGUUCUCUGGCUCUCUCCUCAGUCCCUCCUACCUAACUCGAUUGUCCAAUUCCAUCCGCAGCUUCCUGACGCCAGGACAGGUGUUGGAGACGGUGCAGAUAGCGCUGCAGACUUUCAAAGAUGCGUUCGACAAGUUCACCCAGCAUGAUGCAGCAAACGCCGCUAUUCAUGGGGACGGGGCUCGUAAGAAGCGCAAGAAGGGUUCCUCGACUGCGCCUGCGAAAUCUGCAGACCCAGAAUGGGCGGCAGUGUCUUUUGCUCUCGUGGCUCGUGCCGUAGUGGUGAUCCUGACAUCUACGCCAAUGCAUGCAAUUUUGGAAGACGUCCAUCAUGAGAUCCAGCAGUUACUGCAUGAGGUGUGCUCCGCGAUGGUGCCCGUCGCACCAGAGGAAGCUUUGGACCGCUUGGGCAAGGAUCGCAAGGAUACCUGGGGUUGGCAGAUCGUCGCCGGUGCAGCUCUCCGUGUACACUACGGAUUGACUAUGUCACCCCAGUUGCAAUUUGAUGUCCCUUUCGAUGAGCACAUAACAUCGAAGAUGCUUUCGAGUGUGAUAUCGGAAGAGUCCUCACCGGAAUUCAGCUUGGAGAUGUUCCGUUCUCUGCUCAGGCAAUCCGAACAAGAUCCAGGAGAUGCCGAGAAUGUCUUCGACGCAGUUCUACAGUACCUCGAACACCAUAUCGGCCGUAGCGAUGCCUCUUGGAGUGGCAAAUCUCAUGAAUUGACCGGCAAUGUCGCAUAUGAUCAAGGCGCAGUAGCUCUAUGCCAUCUUCUCUUCGAGAGAUGGCUCCCUCAUUUUCAUAUGCAUGCCUCCGAGGUUCAGUUGGCUCGCCUGGCAAAGCUGAUUAUGUCCAUGGAAUUUGGUCACCUUUCUCCUACAGCACCGUCAGAAGUGCAAAAGGCAGUGAAUGUCACUGUCAUCUUGACGAAGGCUUUCCAUAAUGCAGAAUUCUGGGAACUGCAUCGUCUCAGAGAUGUCCUCCUCGCCGAAAUGCAGAGUGAAACAGCUCCGCUUGAUCUGAUUAAUCUGCCCCUAGUGUUUUCCGAACUCCAGGAUGGAUCUGCACAAAGUCCGAUUGAAGAUAUGCGCAAGAUCGUCAGAGUCUACGAGAUACUACUGCAAGCCCCUGCAGAAUACUUGCCUCGCACCUCUCGUCAUGACUUUCUUCGCCGAGCAUUGGCAGCAGAUGUCACGAUGGCAAUAGCACCACGGACCAACGGACCAACGAACGUUAAUAGGCGUUUGAUUUUAGUUGUACGAGAGUUCGUCUGUCGUACCAUGUCUUACCUUGGAACUAUUGACCAUACUGCAGCAGCAGAUUACUUGGCUUUCUUGAUGGAGCCAUGUUUGUCUCGAACUACGACUGGAGACACGCUGGAUGAUGAACUAGUUUCUGUUACACUGGACAUCAUCGGCAUGCACCUGGCGUCUUUUCUGAAGGCCGCAAGGAAAGGCGAGGAGGAUGCGGUCACUGCUGUGAUAGGAAGAUUCGAUGAUAUACUCACAUCUGCCAUGUCAUUGGAGCCGCAGUAUCUCCAGCAUGGCAUCCGUCAGAAGAGCCUGUUGAGGUUCAUUGAUAUCUUGACCUCCGAUCACGAAUCGUCUCAUUUCUCGGAAACGUUGAGAGGUUCUCUCCGCCGUCUACAAGCACAUAUGAUCUCUGUUUACCUACCUUCGAUGUUGAAACUAGUAGCUCAAGAUGGCGAAGCAAGCAAGGUCCUGAUGCAAGGCGAGAUACUCCAAACUUGGUCUUGUGCGCUGAGCUUGGGGCGUUGGUUAAAUUUCAAAGGGAUGUCCACGGACAAGUUCGGCCACUUGCUGGUCGGAAAAUUGUUAUCGCUAAAAGCGGAGACACCUCCUCCCAUCCGUAUUUGUCUUUUUGUGUCAGACAUUCUCUUUGCAGAACUUUCGACAUGUACGGACGUCAAUAGGCCUGUGCACUUGCAGUGCAUUAUUGCUGCAUACAUCACCUUUUUUCGCCUGUGUGGAUCGUCAGGCCUUGUGGACAAGCAGCUGUCCGAAGCCUUGUCAAACAUAGACAAACUCCCAAUUAGAGACAUUGCCAGCCUUGUGCGAUUUUCCAGCAUCAUGGUGCAUGACGCUCCUCAAGGAUCGUUGAAGACAACGCAAAGCCACGUAACCAGAUGCCUCAUCCUCUUCGCUGAUUGCUCUAUAUUCCUCACAUCGUCACAUCUCCGGCGUGAAGUUCUCAACUUCAUGAGCCGACACUUCAAUGACCAUCCUGCGUCUGUUAGGUCGAUGGACCUAUCUAGCAUCUGGUCAAUCCUGGGAGCCGUCUUUGCAGGUUCAGCAGAGCAUGACAGUACCACCGACACGACGAUCUUCCACGAGGUAAUCGCGACGAUUAACGCAUUAGUUCGACUUCGCCGUGAUCUGGUCUUACACACUCUGCCCCAUCUGGGCAUGAUCCUGCGGCAGCUGACAAUAGCUCUGCGAAGUCCGCGACCUCACCUCGGUGGGAAGCAAAGCAGACUUGUUAUGAACACCCUCCCGAAAUGGGUCAGUGCGGACACGCCGUUGUCGUCCGAGGAAAGCAAGGCGUUGGCGAGGCUAAUGACCACACUCUCUACGAAGACAGUGGUGCGCGUUCACGGACCAUCUUCCGAGAGUCAGAAACCGGGGUCACUCGUCCGCCCCUUCUCAAAGCACGCGGCGUACGUCUUAACAGCGUAUAUUGACGCUGUCAAUGAUCCUCUGUGCAUUGUCCCCACUCAAAUUCGCAGAGAAUUGCAACCUGGGCUAUUUGCCCUCUGUGAUAUGCUGGGAGAGCACAACAGAGAUGCAAUGAUGGUAUCCGCUCUGGGUGCUGGCGGGAAGGCUACUAUGAAGGCUUUGUGGAGGGAGUACGAAAAGCAGAGAUACGCCGGGAGGGGAUAG